AUGGCUUUGCUUUCUGUUCCUACUGUGAGCCUCUGGCUCAUUGCAGCCGGCACAUUUGCCAUCUACCAUGCCAUUCGUGCCGUCUAUCUGAUCUUCUUCAGUCCGCUGGCCGCUUUUCCAGGCUCGCCAUGGGCGGCUUUAGGAGAAUAUUGGGAGGCUUAUUGGAAUAUCGGCCUCAAACCCGGCCAUAAAGGCCAGACACUGUUCAAGCUUGAAGAGAUGCAUAAGCGCCUAGGACCUGCAUUGCGCAUGGGUCCCAAUGAGGUGCAUAUCUAUGAUCCAGCCUUCUACCAUGAGCUAUACCGACCGGGUAGUCGGUACUACAAAGACCCAUCUAUGCACAAGGUCCUGGGAGCACCAUCGAGCACGCUGGCUGAGAGUGACCCGGUGCGGCACAAGCAGCGAAAGGCGCCACUAGAGCCACUGUUCUCCAAGAAGAAUAUCCUCAGUCUGGAGCCAAUGCUGAUGGAGCAUGUUGACUACUGCUCGAAACGAUUUGAUGAGCUUUUUGCCCAGGGAAAACCUGUCUCGAUGGAAUGGGCUUUGAAGUCUCUAGCAAUGGACAUGGUCUCUCAGUUUGCCUUCGGUCAAUCACUCGACGCCCUCUCCGACCCGGAGUUCAAGUCGCUCCCUGUGCGCGUCUUCCAACAGUAUCUCCCCAGUCUACAUGUCAUCAAAGCUUUCCCCUUUGUGAGACUGCUCAAUUCGCUGCCACUGUGGAUCGCAAAGCGCAUUUCACAUUCUGUUGAGAUGGGCCACGAGUUGGAACAGUUCGCCGCUCGUCGCAUCGAUGAGUAUAUCGCCGCGGCGGCAGCGGGAAAAACUCCUACUUUCCCCACUCUCAUGGAGCGUCUACUCAUUCCACUUCCUGAGAAGGGCUAUGCAGUACCCGACAAACAGGGUCUCCGUGAUGAGCUUCUUACCGUGAUCUCCGCCGGGGACGAUACCACCGGAAUUGCCAACACAGUCACACUUUUCAAUAUCUUCAAUGACCGUGAAGUCCAUGACCGUCUCCUAGCGGAGCUGAAAACUGUCAUGCCAACACCUAAUUCCCAUGCCUCCUAUCUACAGCUCGAGGCGCUGCCAUAUCUGACAGCAGUGAUAAAAGAAGGCCUCAGAUACUCUUCUCCUGCAGCUUCCCGCACUCCUCGUCUCGUUCCCCCGGGUGGCGUCCGUCUUCCGGACGGCCGGUUCAUCCCUGCGGGAACUCGGGUGGGAAUGGCCAUUUACCAUAUCCACUACAACGAGACUCUGUUCGAGAACCCCCGCGUAUUUGAUCCAGAGCGUUGGCUGCAGGGAUCAGAGGUGACGGCGGAAAGAGCAAAGUUCCUGGUGCCGUUUUCGCGAGGGAGUCGGUCUUGUCUGGGAAUCAAUCUGGCUUAUAUGGAGAUGUAUAUGGCCAUUGCAUAUAUUGUGCGACGAUUCGAUUUGGACCUCGUAGGGACAACCGUGGAGGAUAUGAAGUGGGAUGAUAUGGUCGUGCCGCAGUUUCAUGGAGAGUUCCUGGCGUUGACGAAACGGCGGGAGGAUUAG